AGAUCAGCUGAGUCUUUCGGACCUGAUCAACUUAAACUGGGAGCUAUUGAUUUCAACUACUUCAGCCUAACUACGAAACAAUGAAUUAUACAAACUAUAUCUUAGCUUUUCAGCUUUGCGUGAUUUUCUGUUCUUCUGGCUAUUACUGUCAGGCCAUGUUUUUUAAAGAAAUAGAAGACCUAAAGGAAUAUUUUAAUGCAAGUAAUCCAGAUGUAGCAGAUGGUGGGCCUCUUUUCUUAGAUAUUUUGAAGAACUGGAGAGAGGAGAGUGACAGAACAAUCAUUCAAAGCCAAAUUGUCUCUUUCUACUUGAAACUGUUUGAAAACUUUAAAGAUAACCAGAUCAUUCAAAGGAGCAUGGAUACCAUCAAGGAAGACAUGCUUGUCAGGUUCUUCAAUAGCAGCAGCAGUAAGCGGGAGGACUUCCUUAAGCUGAUUCGAAUUCCCGUGAAUGAUCUGCAGGUCCAGCGCAAAGCGAUAAAUGAACUCAUCAAAGUGAUGAAUGAUCUCUCACCAAGAUCUAACCUAAGGAAGCGGAAAAGGAGUCACAGUGUGUUUCCCGGCCGCAGAGCAUCGAAAUAAUGGUCAUCCUGUCUGCAAUAUUUGAAUUUUUAAAUCUAAAUCUAUUUAUUAAUAUUUAAUAUUUUACAUUAUUUAUAUGAAGAUAUAUUUUUAGACUCAUAAAUCAAAGUAUUUAUAAUAGCAACUUUUAUGUAAUGAAAAUGAUUAUUAAUAUAUGUAUUAUUUAUAAUUCCUUUAUCCUGUGACUAUUUCACUCAACCCCCUCCCUUCUUUUUUUUGACCAACUAGGCAAGACUGUGAUUUCAAGGCAUAAUCUCAGGAACCAACUAGGCAGCUGACUUAAUUAAGACCCUGUGGGUUAUGCAUUUAUUUCACUUGAUACCAUGAGCACUUAUAAAUGAAAUGAUGCCAUCCAGGCGCUGCCUACUCGGGAACAUGUCUGUAUUAUAUGCCACUGCUCUAA